AUGCGGUGCCCGUUCCCCGGAGCCCGAGGGCCGAGCCCAGGAGGGGAGCACGGAGGAGCCAGCCCUGCCCAGGGCACGGUGGCCCCUGCUCGGGUGUCUCUGGGGGCUCUGUGCACCCUCAGGAGGCUGCUCCUGCUGCUGGCRKUGGUCGGGCUGCUGGCAGGGACAGCGGCUGGGACGUGGCUGCUCGUGAAGCAGCUGAAGCAGCCCCAGCCCGGSCAGGGCUCCCCGCAGGAGCAGGAGCUGGAGGUGACCCCRGMRUGUGAGGAUGRUGAGGAUGGUGAGGAGGAAGAGCCCGUGGUCCRGGCGGCUCCUGGCACAGUGUCUUUCAGGAUAAACACAGCCAAUUCCUUGCUGGAAGGGCAGCUGGAGGGACAUCCUGGCUGGCUCCUGGUGUGCCACGAGGGCUGGGCUCCCUCCCUGGGCACGCUGCUCUGCCGGCAGCUCGGCCACCUCAGAAUGACCCAGCAGAAAGGGGUGAACCUGAGCGAUGUGCGGGUGAGCCAAGGGCAGCGGUUCCUGCAGGUGAGAGCCCGCCCGGGACACAGCCUGGAGGAGAGGUGGCAGUUCAGGAGCAGCUGCGAGUCCGGCCGGGUUGUGGCUCUGCAGUGCUCAGAGUGCGGGCUGCAGGCGGGGGCCGUGCGGGUGGUGGGGGGCACAGACGUGUCCCCCGGCCGCUGGCCCUGGCAGGUCAGUGUGUGCCAGGGCUCCCAGCACCGCUGUGGGGGCUCCGUGCUGGCCCCCGAGUGGAUCCUCACAGCAGCUCACUGCGACCUGCUGCAGGGCACGCAGUGCUGGGUGUCCGGCUGGGGCUACACCAGCCCUGACCAAGCACAGGUGGCCGGGACGCUGAAGGAGGCCCUGGUGCCCCUGAUUGGCACCAGGAGGUGCAACAGCUCCUGCGUGUACCAGGGUGAGCUGACAGCCAGGAUGCUGUGUGCAGGACACCUGAGGGGACACGUGGACGCCUGCCAGGGGGACAGCGGGGGUCCCCUGGUCUGCUGGGACGGCUCCAUGUGGCGCCUGGUGGGAAUUGUGAGCUGGGGCCAGGGCUGUGCCGAGCCCAACCACCCCGGCGUCUACACCAACGUGGCUCAGCUGCUGCCCUGGAUCCACCAGGUCACCGGGACCCACUAGGAAUCAGACACGGACUCCAYGGAGCGACACUCUGCCCUUCCCACAAGUGAAGAA